UGUCUGAAAAGCGUCCGGACCCACAAUUUGGAAUGACCAUCCGGCAAACUGAUCAUGAACUCAGAAUUUCUCCAUUCUGACGCGGUUUCUCCAUACCACCACGUCUCUUUUAUAUUCACUUGUUUUCCACUAACUUAGUUUCAGGUUUUGGUUCUUUACAAUUAUCUUCCUUCCAGUUUCUCACUUCUUAAUUCUUUUCGCUGCCAAGCUAAUUUCAAGUAAAGAAACAUGUCGUAGCUCAAUCCAUUAAAUUUCCUCGAAAGAAAAAGCAAGGAAAAGGAAAAACAAGAAGAGAGGACGUUGUUCAAGCAGGGCAAAAAAUGGAGAGCAUAGUCAUAGACAGGAGAGCAAGGUGGAAGAAUCUGAAACAAAGGCUAGGAUUGAAGGCUAUGGGAUGCUGCGGAGCCACCUGGAGUCCCAGAGCCAGAAUUUCAACCAUAUCAAUCCUAGAAGAAGAUGAAGAAGAAGAAGAAGCAGCUGAAAGCCAGCAAGUGAUUAUCAGUAGGAGUGGCAAUGUCGUAAAUAAUCGUAUUCAGAAUGAAACAGAGAACAGUGCCAGCACCCCGCUUUUGGUGGGCCAGCAGCAACAGCAGCAAGUGCCCACAUCAGGUUCAGGAAUGAACUUGGCAAUGGCGCUAGCAGCGGAGCGUAAUUUGCGGACAACAAACGUGGGACCCAGCCCCACGGAGGUCAAGACAUUGAUGAGAUUGAUUGAAGAAACGGACGGCGUUGAUUGGAAGAAGAAAAGGAGAGACAAUGUCGUUAAUGUUGAAGGUGUAGGAGUGGGAGGACUAGGAGGAGGAGGAAGCUGCGAUUGGAUGUGCUGCGUGUGCAUGGAGAGGAAAAAAGGAGCGGCGUUCAUUCCAUGUGGGCACGCAUUUUGCAGGGUUUGUUCCAGGGAAGUGUGGGUCAAUCGGGGUUCAUGCCCUGUCUGCAACCGUUCCAUUCUCGAUAUUCUUGACAUUUUCUAGAUUUCAGAGUUUUCAGACCCUCUUUGUUCUUGCUUAAGCUUUUUGCUUUUCCUUUAUUUUUUUUUUCGUCGUUUUCAUGGAGAUUCCUGAAAAUAUUCUUUGAGGGGAAUUUUACCUGCCAUGUAAGAUGAAAACAAUACGACAACACUUUCAAACUGGUUUUGCUA